AAGUGGGGCGAAGCACACUGACGGGAUUUUUCCAGUCGUUUUUAAAAUCCCACCUUGCGGCCUCCCGAAUUGAAAAUUUCUUCCUUCCGUACCACAAAGCCAGCAACAGCAACGCAGCCUCACCCAUUGCUUCUCGCGCGAUCAUCGAGCGAGUGCUUCUUUGGUGCCGAGGGUCCUGUGUGACGAUGUGAUAGCUGCCGCAAGCGACCGGUCCUGCUGGAAAGAAACAAUACACGCGUCAAUAUGGCUUCGACAUCGGAACCCCCCAAUAUGACCGGCUUCACUGUCGGCCUGAUUGGAAUGGGCGAUAUGGGCAAGAUGUAUGCCCGGAGACUUAGCAGCGCAGGUUGGAGGAUCAUGGCCUGCGAUAGGGAAGAGAAAUAUGAUGAGCUGGUACAAGAGUUCGAGGGGAAUAAAAAUAUACAAAUUCUCCGUAACGGUCAUCUCGUGUCUCGCGCCAGCGAUUAUAUCAUAUACAGUGUUGAGGCGGCGGUCAUCGAUCGUGUCGUCGCCCAGUACGGUCCAUCGACCAAGCUCGGCGCCAUUGUUGGUGGCCAAACGUCCUGUAAAGAUCCUGAGAUCAAGGCUUUCGAAAAGUACCUGCCCGCCGACGUUGACAUCGUAUCCUGCCACUCCCUUCACGGCCCCAAUGUCGAUCCCAAGGGCCAGCCGCUGGUGCUCAUCAAGCAUCGCGCCUCCGACGAAUCUUUCUCCAAGGUUGAGCACGUACUCUCCUGCCUUAACUCCAAGGUUGUCUACCUGAGUGCCGAUGAACAUGACCGCAUCACGGCCGAUACCCAAGCCGUCACCCACGCCGCUUUCCUCAGCAUGGGCAAGGCCUGGCAUGCAACCAAGCAAUUCCCCUGGGAGGGAACCCGUUAUGUCGGCGGCAUAGAAAACGUCAAGAUCAACCUCAUGCUCCGCAUCUAUGCCCAAAAGUGGCACGUCUACGCCGGCCUCGCCAUCCUCAACCCCGAAGCACACAAGCAGAUUGCCCAGUUCGCCAAGUCCACCACCGAGCUGUUCCAACUUAUGCUGGAGGGUCAUAGCGACGAGCUCCGCGCCCGCGUGUACGCCGCCAAGGAAAAAGUCUUUGGUGCCGAAGGAAGCCCCAAGUGGGCGAGCAAACCUCUCCUCCGUGACGAUGUGCUCGACCAGUUCAGCCUCCGCCAGCCGGAAAAUGGCGGCCCUUCGGCUCCCUCCUUGCCCAACAACCACCUCUCGCUUCUUGCCAUGGUCGACUGCUGGAGUGCUCUGGGCAUCGUGCCGUACGACCACAUGAUCUGCUCGACUCCCCUGUUCCGACUCUGGCUGGGCGUCACCGAGCACUUGUUCAGGACCCCGGGCUUGCUGGAUGAGUGCCUGAAGGUCGGCAUCGAGGAUCGGACUUUCAGAAGGGAUGACUUGCAGUUCACCAUUGCGGCGGCGGGCUGGGCCGAGUGUGUGGGUCUGAGGCAAUUCGAGACGUGGAGGGAGCGGUUUGCGGUUACCCAGGCUUUCUUCGAGCCGAGGUUCAAGGGAGCGGUGGAGGUAGGUAAUGCGAUGAUCAAGGCAGUCCUGGCAAGCGAUGAGAAGGACUAAAGGUGUAUACGGAACGGAGACUGGGUUGGAAUGCACAUGGAGAAGGUUGAAUGCGCGAAGGGCUGUGGAACGGUAUCAGGGGAAAGAAAACGGGCAUCUUGAUGGACGAGACAUAUCUGUGGAUACAA